UAAGAGCCAGAAACAUGCCACGUCUUACUUUGUUCAUUUUUUCUCUCUAUUUGAUGACUACAUCUGCACAAUCUGAUUUAAUGACUACAUCUGCACAAUCUGGAUAUCCAGGAAUGCCUCAAAUACAAGUGAGCCCUCAAGUGACACAUCAGCUUGGCAGCAGAGUGACCAUUACAUGCGUUAAUGGCUAUGACUACUAUACAGUACGACACUGUGCACUAUAUAAAGAAAAAGCACUUUUACCGCAUCUUUCAAGCUCCAUCAGUGCGACUUGGUAUACCAUUGAGAGUGCUACUUCCAAGGAUGAAGGGUUCUACGCCUGUCAUUGCCAAGUCUACAAUCCAGUCUAUCUAUGGUGGGAGCAUAUAGAAACAAUCCCUUCAUUUAGAUUAGUCCUAAACACACACUAUAAACAAUUGUGUGAUAUAUUUGACAGAGCAGGGUUGGAAGUCAUGCAGUUGAUGAUCGCUGAGUAUGAAAACAAAGCCAGCAAUCUCACUGAUGAAUUAAAUACAUUACACCAAACGGUCACUUCGGACAAUGAUUUUGCUAUGGUUAAGCAUGACUAUGACAAAAUCUUUGAUGAGGUGGACCAAUUUUGUUUAAAAAUCAUGAACAGGAAAAUUAGAAAACUGGAAAGAGACCUGUAUGAGUAUAGAGAGGAAUUAGCAUACCCUGUUAUAAUAAACCUGGAGGUGCUGUGA